AUGCCGACAUUUACAGAAAAUAUUGGUUCACAUUUGGGUUUAUUGGCGGAAGUGUUGGGAAAUGUGUUGCGAUUGAGAAACCGGUGCCGAAGUGAGCGCCGUCUGGACGGACACGUUGUGGUGAUUACGGGCGCCAAUCAGGGCAUCGGGAAAGAGACCGCUUAUCAACUCUCAUUUCGGGGCGCAAAGAUAAUCAUUGGAUGUCGUGAUGAGAAGAGAGCCGAGAAUGCGAUCAAAGAUAUAAAGCAAAGGAACCCAAAGGCAGACAUAUAUUCACUUCCGUUAGACUUGUCUUCACUUCAAUCCGUCCGUCAAUUCGUGACCGAAAUCACGAAACGGGAGACAAAAGUAGAUAUACUUAUAAACAAUGCGGGCAUCGCUUGUGAUACCGAACAGCAAACUGAGGACGGGUUUGAAAUGGCUUUCGGGACCAACCAUUUGGGCCACUAUCUGCUCACACUAUCAGUGUUGCCAUUACUUCGAAACGCCCCGAAAGCCCGGAUAAUAACCGUGUCGGCGGGUUCACACGUUUUUGGCAAAAUUAAUUUUGAAAAUAUAAACCUCCGGAACGGGGCUAUCAAUACCAAGGAUGCGGUCUCUCAGAGCAAACUGGCCAACGUGUUGUUUACCCGGGAGUUGGCCCGUAGGCUGUGUCGGGACACUACGGUCACAGCCUAUUCGCUACAUCCCGGACUGGUUCAUACCGACUUUCACCGCAAUCUACAAUCGCCGGCACUGAGAACUCUGUUCCGACUUAUCUGUCAGUUGUUUGGGUUGUCUAUUGAGAGGGGAUGUCAGACAUCGCUGUACUGCGCCCUCGAAGAGGACUUGGAUAACGAGUCGGGUUUUUAUUAUGACAAUUGUCGACGAGUGGAUGCAAUGGUGUCGACGGCUACUGACGAUCAAAGUGCGCAACAGUUGUGGCAAUUGAGUGAAGAGUUGGUCCGACUUGAAGAGCACCUCAAACUUCCCAAACAUUUUUAG